CUGUGCUUCUGUCUCUUUUGGCUAGCACUGUUUGAAUCGGUGGAAGAGAGAACUGGGGAGAGACGGGGGCGAGUACGUCGAAGACGAUGGCCUGCGAUGUCGCCGCCGACGAGCCGCCCGCCAUCCCCACCGUACAGCAGCUUCACGUGCUCGACAAGGGCCCCGCCGUCUGCACCGUCGAUGAGCUCCGCGCGCCCGACAAGGCCCCCGCCGUCUGCACCGUCGAGGAGCUCGGCGCGCCCGACAAGGCCCCCGCCGUCUGCACCGUCAAGGAGCUCCGCGCAGGCGACGCGCCGUCCGCCAUCGGCAGGGACCCCAAUCUCUGCACCGAUGACACACAGCACAUGGCACACGCGCGAGGGGAUGUAAACAGAGAUACCAACCGUCAAACUUCAGAGAGCAAUAUCGACCUUUAAGACAUGGACCAAACUUUUCAUGGCAAUGUUUCCGAAGUUGAGGACUCUAAUAUUGAUUUAACUGAAACAGAAGCAUCAGAUGGAAUGUUGAUUGAUGGUAUUAGAAAUAUGCUGCAAAAGAGUGAUGUGAGGAAACAGGAGAGGAGGAAUGUUUUGAAGAAGCAAAGCAGAAAGAGGUCAAGGACUCAGAUGGGAGCAGCCCAACAAUGUUUGAAUAAAGGAAGAGCAAGUGCGUAUAGCAGGUUUAGCAUUGG